AUGAGCAUUUUGUGGGCGGGAAGGCAGCGCCAGAGGGGCUCAAGCUGGGAUUUUCUCAAAUCCAGCGUCGGCGCGCAUCCGCUGCCGCUCUGCGCAGAGAGGUCAGUUGGCCGGGGAGGCGAGCUCCUAUUCCGCGCCAUCCGUAAUUUGGCGCUGUUUUGGAGGCCGCCUGGAUGGACAGCCGAAACCAACACCACACACCAGCCCGCAGCCGCACAACCCACGGCUCCACCCCCGGUUGGGACUGCAGCAUCCACUCCAGCUUGCCUCUCGCUCUUCCUCAACUUCUUCCCACGCACUCUUGCUGUCUGGCUCAGCUCGGAUCUUCCAUCGUCACGCCUGUUCUGCAAGCCGCCAUACGAGAACUCUGGAUCUCCCAUCGCCUGCACCGUGUGA